AUGAAACGCUUACGCGAAGUCGAAGAAGCAUCGCCCGAAGAAAAGGCAUCAGCCAUCCGCAACACGGCUACAACCGUUGGGACCGACCAUGGCGGACUGAAACCAAUCAACCGAGACGACGGCAACACGUUGUCGCGUGCCGCCAAGAUAACUGAGCUUGACCUGUCCGACCAUGGCGGUGUCCGGAUGCGCUGCUCGCUGCCGCCGCACAAGGAGAGUCUGGUGUUCUCGUCGUACGGGGAAUACGAGACGCAUUAUAGGGACCAGCAUACCAACCGAUGCGUUGAAUGUCGCAAAAACUUUCCCUCGGCUCACCUCCUCAGUUUACACAUUGAAGAGACGCAUGACUCCCUCGUCCUGGUAAGAAGAGAGAGAGGAGAGCGUACGUACUCAUGCUUCGUAGAGGGCUGCGAGAAGAAAUGCAGCACGCCGCAGAAACGCAAGAUGCACCUUGUGGAUAAGCACAUGUAUCCGAAGAAUUACUUCUUCGCAGUGACGAGGGAUGGCAUCGAUGGGCGACUGUCUCUUCUGCUGGAAGGCGGCCGGCGUCCUAGGAGAUCGAGUCCCACUACACCACCAAAGCCAGAGGACUCCGUCCCACGAAAUGGCCAGGUCCCCUCUCCUGUAGAGGGAUAUGUAGAACUGAUGGAUACCCAUCUGGGACCAAGCCUGGGCCGGGAAAGCCCAGACCAGCAGCCAGACCAGGAGAUGGAAGACCUCUCAAACGCAAUAUCAGCGCUCAAGUUCGUGCCGACCAGUGUCCGGUUCGGGCGUGGGAAAAAGACUGGCUUCUCCAAACGGUAG